CACUCUCGCUUGGAGUAAUUUUACUGCUAUUCCGCUCGUGCCCUGACUUAAACUCGUAACUAUAUCCAUUCUUUCUUUUUCAUUCAAACGAAAGCCUUAGAUAAUACCUCCAUUACAUUUAGGACCAGCUCCUUGCGUAACACGCCGACCCAGCACAAUCUAUAAAUCCGUACCAAUCUUCUCCAUCUUUCUCGCACUGAUGCUGUCCAGACCUCCCAAAUAGUGAACAGUGGACAUUUCUUCUCUCAUAUAUACACACACAAUUCAAAUACAUACACACACACACAUAUAUAUAUAUACACAAAAGCAAUUUUGUCGAAUGUUGCCGAUAAACCCUAGCUCAAUCUUCUCCCCCACUAGACCCACAUUCCUCUCUUUCCCCGCCCUCUCUCCUCCCUCCACCACCGUCGUCCGCUGCCGCGCCGUCGACCCCUCCGUGGUGGGUCCCUCAUUUCCGCGGUGGUUGUUCAAUUUUCCGGUGGCCGUCGACGCCUCUGUUAGCGCCCGGACCAGCCACGACUCGGACGGUGUCGCCGCGGAGAGGCGAACUGCUAUUAACAAGAACACGAAGGUCAAUGCGAGAGAAAAGCGUUGGUCACGUGACAGAGAGAGCUACUUGGCCGACGACGACGAUGCUCUUCCUCUUCCCAUGACGUAUCCUGACACGUCGCCGGUGGCGCCCGAAGAAAUCGAUCAUCGACUCCGUUGCGAUCCCAUACUUGAGGAUUGCAAGGAAGUGGUUUAUGAAUGGACUGGAAAGUGUCGGAGUUGCCAAGGGUCGGGAUUUGUUAGUUAUUACAAUAAAAGGGGGAAAGAAACAAUUUGCAAAUGCAUACCCUGCGUUGGAAUUGGUUAUGUACAGAAGAUAACGGCACGCAAGGACAUUGAGGUGAUGGAGGAUUUGGAAAAUGGAAAACCACCUUGACCUAAAUAAAUAUAGAAUUUUUUUUUU